AUGUUUCAAAUUCUACUCGGCCGCGGCGGCCAAGCAGCUGGACGCCGUUUGCGAACUAGACCAUCUACAGACGGCCACAUUCCCUAUGCCAGCUUGUAUCGCCAAGGUGCAGCCUGGGGCGCCGGCGGCGUAGGAGUCGGCUCGACGCUGUAUGGUGUCUAUAAGACAUUCCACUCAAUGAGGGCGUUUAGACCGUAUUUUGGUCUCUAG